AUGAAACAGAACUAAGGACUAGAAAAAAAGGUGGAAAAAUAUCAAUACAACACUUCAAAUAUUUUGGGAGAUGGAUCAUAUGGCACUGUGUAUAAGGGCAUCAACACUUUGACUCAAUAACCAAUUGCCAUUAAAGUGAUUCCCAGAUAGAAAGUCUAUGACGCUGAAGCAUUGAGUUUUGAGCUCAGAAUCUUGGCCAAAUUGAAAGGAGAUAACAUUGUCAGACUGCAUGAAACCUUGAUGACUCAAAACAAUUAUUAUUAGAUCAUCGAUCUCUGCGAUGGAGAUUUAAAGCAAUUGCUUGAUAAGUAGACAUUCCUGACCGAACAAGAAGCAAUCAACAUGAUGAUAGAUCUCUUGAGAGGAUUCUUGGAAUUGAUUUAGAAUGGCAUCAUACACAGGGAUGUCAAACCAGCCAAUAUCCUAAUCUCUAAGGGAACGUACAAACUGGCAGAUUUCGGUUUUGCGAGACUCGUCGAUAAUUAUGCUCAAUAGUUGUUUGUGACUGUCCUAGGUACUCCUCUGUAUAUGAGUCCACAAUUGCUGCAAAAUCUACAAUAUUCAACCAAAUGCGACAUAUGGUCAUUGGGAUUCAUAUUCUAUGAGGUACUAUUUGGGCGAACUCCAUGGAGUGCCAAUUCCAUUCCAGAACUAAUUAAGAACAUUAAUGAGAAGCCACUUUUGUUCCCAGACAAGAUAAAGCAAGUAAGUGAAUAUGUGAAGGAUGUCGUAAGAAGGUGUCUGGUCAUCAACGAGGAUGAGAGGAUUGGUUGGUAUGAUCUGUACAAGCAUCCCUUGUUCGCCUAUCAAUUUAAGGACAUUGCUAAUUUGGAGGAAAUUUGCAAUAACAAAGAGAAAAUGAUAGCCUAAACACUUAGAAAUGAGAUUGUCAGAAAAGAUCUUUCGCUUGAUUAGUUAGUUAUCAAAUUGAAUUGGGGUCCUCAAGUGACAAUAAAGGACAUAGAAAAUCUUUUUUCAAGGGUGGAUCCUCAGUUGCAAAGAAUUCAAAUAGAGCAUAUCUUUAAUAAUAUCUAAAAAGCAAACAAUCAAUAUCUAACCUUGUAGGAGUUCUAACAAUGGUUGGACAAGUUCUAGAUCCCUUUUCAAUCUUAUCGACAGAAUCCAAUUGAAUGUUUUAGAGUAAUUAAAUAAACGAUGAAGAAUUACAAUCAAACCUUGGAUCAAUACUUCGAUAAAUUUAACUAGGCUAAGGAUGGAAAACUAAAGUUUGAGGAGUUUAAAUAAUUCAUUUUGCGUUGCAAUAAUCAAAUUUUUGAUUCUUGGAUUAAGAGUUCUUUUGAAUUUCUGGAUAGAAAGAAACAGGGUUUCGUAACUCUGUAGGAAUUACAACAAUAGCUCGAUAAAACCAAUUGA